UAUGAAUAAGCCGGCGCCACCAGUUGUUUGCCACAACGUCCACAACACUAACAUACCACCCCUUCCUUUCACCUCCCACUCUGCAGGAAAGCCAUAAUGAGCAACAUGGAAUGGGACAGCAAGACCGUCAUCGGAUUUAAGGCCAAGGCCCCCAAAGUUACCCGCAAUGCGUCGGACCUAAAUGCCGCGCGCAGAACAGGAGCUGUCGUUGCUACAGACAAGAAGGUCACCGCUGGUGGGAACAAAGCCCGUCCAGGGCCAGAUCACCAACGCAUAGCCAAGCUUGACCGCGAGAACGAAGUCGCUCCUCCACCAAAAGUCAACGCAAGCGUCGGCAAGGCCAUCCAAACGGCUCGCAUGGACAAGCAGCUGACUCAGAAAGACCUGGCCCAGAAGACGAACGAGAAGCCUUCUGUAAUACAAGACUACGAAUCCGGGAAGGCUAUCCCUAAUCCUGCGGUCCUCGGCAAGUUCGAGAGGAUUCUGGGUGUCAAGCUUCGUGGUGCGGAUAUUGGAAAGAAGCUGGAGGGGCCGAAGAAGUCGUGAUUUGACCCCUCCGUCGUCGCAUUAUAUCGAUACAUAUCGGUGUGGAUUGCUAUUACAUGUGUAGUUCUGUCUGUUAUCACUAGAUCUUUUCGCAGUAUUGUACUGAACAUCAUUUACAACGUUUCUGAGCAUAAUGGAAAUCGAACAAAAUACAAGCAGCC